GAAACAGAAAAGAGAAGCUUUUUUUUUUUUUUGUAAGGGGGAGAGAGAGAGCGAGAGGAGAAUUCAAUGAAGAAAAUGGGAUUUUGCUUGGCCUGCUUUGGCCCAUCAAAGGCGCAGAGAAAAGAGGAAGAUCGUUUGGCAUCUGCAGAAGCACGUGCGAAGGCUGCCGAAGCAGCUCAGAAAAGGCAAGAGCAAUUCGAGAAGUCUGCUGCAGGAAGAGCUGCACGUGCACAGCUAGCAGCAGCUGCCAAGCAAUCUAACACCCCUAACAAAGGUGAACCGGUUCUCAAGUGGCAAAUGGGGUGAAGUUCAUUUUCUCUGUCUGUUCAACUCCAACUGUGUAAGAAUUAUGUUCGGAUGUGUGUUGUGGUUUUCGCCUGUUCCAAGAAGCAGACUCUAGGGAUGUUCAGUGUGGAUGUGUUGCCAGUCUAAUAAUUUGUGUCUCUCUGUAGAUUUUGUACAGUCAACCUAUUUUUAUCUUGUGGGCCCACUGUAUUAAUUAUCAGGUGGCCGAGAUUUUUAAUAAGGUGUCCAUAUAAUGCUUGAGGCUGAUUUUUGUUGUAUUGUGCUUAGCCUUGUUGAGAUGUUAGAAAAUUAAAUAGAAAUAGCAUUCAGAUCUCAA